AUGUCAUCCAUCCAAAGGCCGACUCGAAGGCUAAGCGCGCGAAUUCAAGAGAAGGCUGACGCGACAUUGUAUGCAACCUAUGAACAAAGCAACGGAAGUGUGAAGAGAAGAGUCGGCGCUUCGGAUUCUGCGGCUGCGCCAGCAGCCAGACCCUCCAAUGAGAAGAAAAGAAAGAUGGAUUAUGACGAGGAGGACGAUGGGUUCCAAUUCAAACGCGUCAAAAAGAAGGAACUUCAGAUCAAAUCAGCGGAGAAAGAGAAUGCUACCUUACCAGCUCGAAAUGACGCGCCAAAAACUCAGGCGACGACCGACAGGACCGAAAUGCUGAAGAAUGAAGAGACAGGACGGAAGCCCAAACAGCGGAGGAAUAGAAUCUCAUUUCCCACGCCCAAUCCAAACGAAGAUCCUCCGCCGCGUCGCUCAAAACGCCUAUCAAAGGAUAACGAAGAACACAAUGGAAGUCCUGUCAAGAAAAGCGUGCGCAGGGAGGAACUGAAGAAGUGCGAAUACCAUGCUGAAGCGGCUCCCAAAGCGUCACCUAAAAAGAAAUUGGAUAAGCCACCUGCUGAGAAAGCCGAGGACAAUCAACAGGAAGAAAUUGUUCCUACUCUGCAAGAAAACCACGCUUCAACGAAGAUCGCGCUGCCUUUUGCGGAUACACCGGUCAUCAAACGGAACAAGGCCAUGCGCGAAGGAAAGGCCGGCAAGGGUGAAAGGAGGAGCAGUUUGGGUAUGCGUGGGCGAAGGGCCAGUUCGCUCAUUGAAUCAGGAAAUUCCAGUGCCUCGCCCCAUCCAGAACUGGACGUAUCGGACUAUUACAAGCACAUUGAAAGCGAGGGUCUACCAGAGCCAAGACGGAUGAAACAGCUUCUCAUUUGGUGUGCCGAGCGUGCUCUUGAUGAAAAACCAGUAGGUACUGGGUUUGGAGAGGCCAGCGCACGACAAGCAGCUCGAGUGAUCGAAGAAGAGUUGUUGAAAGAGCUGGCAAACAGAUCUGAUCUAUCGGACUGGUUUGGCCGCGAAGAAGUUCCCGUGCCAAAGGAACCACUUCCAGAGCGGCCGAACCCGAAGAACACGCAGAACAUUGAAAAGAUUGCCGAGUUGGAGGAGCAAAUUAAAUGUCUGCGACUCGAAAAAGAGGCAUUGGAGAAUUUGCUGCGCCCACCAAACGUCCCCAGCUUGCAUGACCUCGAUGUCCCGACAAAUCCAUCGAAAGCAAACGAACUGGACAGAUCCCUUCUCUCCGAUACGGACAUAGCGGCACUUGACUCAGUAAUAGCUUCCAACAACAACUCCGUAACGACCUCGGACCAAAUAUCACGGCGCCUAGGCGGCGUUUUGGAAUCAAUAGGUCCGACAGUCGACAUGUUUGCGGACGGAAUCCACACGAUAGGGCAAUACCGCACCGCGGCAGACGAAGUGGCCGGCAGGGUAUUAGCCAUCUGCGCGGAGAAAUUGACACAGCGCGAGAAAGAUGGGAAACGAAGGGCCCGAGGAAUAGGAACAGCGUCAGGGUCGGGCAGAGGUAGUGGUAGCAGUAGUACUGGUCCUCCGAAAGAUCUGGGCGCCGUUCUGAGGAGUUUGAGCCGAGCAGACAGACAGGACAGAUAG